CCCCCUUCCUUUUCCGGCUCCCCCUCAGUCCCACCGCGCUCGGGAAGGUCGGGCAGGGCGGACGAGUCACCGCCGAGUCCUGUUUGUAUCAUGUUGUCCGCCGGCGUCCGCCGCUUCGCCACCUCCGCCAUCCGCCGCAGCCACUAUGAGGAGGGACCUGGGAAGAACCUGCCUUUCUCUGUGGAGAACAAGUGGCAGCUGCUGGCACUCAUGUGUGGGUUCUUUGGAAGUGGAUUUGCUGCCCCUUUCCUCAUAGUCAGACACCAGCUCCUGAAGAAAUGAAGGGCACAGACUGUAACUGCACUAACUGGUUUGAUGUUUUUGAGUCCCUGGACUGAGGAAGAAACAAAAAUCAGCAGACUUUUAUUGAACUUCAGCAUUUAGAACUGUAUGGCUUCAAGGCCUCUGCAAAACCAGGUGAUGGAUGAAGCCAAGCCCAUCAAAAAUUCUAAUUAAAGUAUGUGCUUAUAGCUGUUCUGUAUUCAAAUAAUAACUUGUAAUUUUAUUUGUAGUAGUAAUGUAGAGUUCCUAAAUUUGGUUCAUUUCUUUUCCUUGCAGAGUUGGAAGUCUUCUACCCAUCACCUUUCAGUGGGAAAAUGAUAGCUGCAGUACAAGCUGGAUGGGUCUAAAUAAAAUCUUAAAUCUGAAAA